AUAAAUUCUGACGUAGCCUGUGCAUCUUAAAAAUCCCUAUAAUAACGCCUAGGUAUUUAAGUUGCUAUGGUCAUUCUGAUCUCAAACCAAAUGGAGAAACUACGGAUUUUUUUCCUCAUUACGGUCGGAUGGGAUGAAGACCUUACUGCCUGCUAAGCGCUGGGGAUCUAUAGAAAUACAUAUAUAUGUUUAUAAAUAUGUCAGUGUAAUCUUCUGAUGGCUCCCUUAGGUGAAGUUGGGAACUAUUUCGGUGUGCAGGAUGCAGCAGUACCUUUUGGGAAUGUGCCUGUUUUGCCGGUGGAUAGCCCGGUUUUGUUAAGUGACCACCUGGGUCAGUCCGAAGCAGGGGGGCUGCCCAGGGGGCCUGCAGUCACGGACUUGGAUCAUUUAAAGGGGAUUCUCAGGCGGAGGCAGCUAUACUGCAGGACUGGAUUUCAUUUAGAAAUCUUCCCCAAUGGUACUAUCCAGGGAACCAGGCAAGACCACAGCAGAUUUGGCAUCCUGGAAUUUAUCAGCAUAGCAGUAGGUUUGGUCAGCAUUCGAGGUGUGGACAGUGGACUAUACCUCGGAAUGAAUGAGAAAGGGGAGCUGUAUGGAUCAGAAAAAUUAACCCAAGAGUGUGUAUUCAGAGAGCAGUUUGAAGAAAAUUGGUAUAAUACAUACUCAUCGAAUCUAUACAAACACGUGGACACUGGAAGACGAUAUUACGUUGCAUUAAAUAAAGAUGGGACUCCAAGAGAAGGGACUAGGACUAAACGGCAUCAAAAAUUUACACAUUUUUUACCUAGACCAGUGGACCCUGAGAAAGUACCUGAACUAUAUAAGGAUAUUUUAAGCCAAAGUUGACAAAGACAAUUCCUUCACUUGAGCCCUUAAAAAGUAACCACUAUAAAGGUUUCACGCGGUGGGUUCUUAUUGAUUAGCUGUGUCAUCAUAUCAGCUCCACUGUUGCCAAACUUUGUCGCAUGCAUAAUGUAUGAUGGAGGCUUGGAUGGAACAUGCUGAUUUUGUUCUGCACUUAAAGGUUUGUCCUCCUGGAGGAGAGCCUAUGCCCACUCGCUUGAUUUAUUAUGAAAGAGAGAGUGUGAGAGUGAGUGAGAGAGAAAGAGAGAGAGAGAGAGAGAGAAUGAGUGUAUGAGUGAAUGGGUGUGAGAGGGGGAGAUGGAAGCUAGAAGUGAAAGCAAAGAGGAAAAAGGCCUGAUGCAUGCUGGGAAAUAGACACGCUUUUAAAUUUUUGAUCAGUUGUAUUUCAUCAUAUAUCAGCAUAGCUGCCAUACUUCGACUCAUCAGGAUUUCUGGCUGGUGGCCUGCUCAAGGGUACGCUGCAUUGACAAAGGCAUGGAGGGUGCAGUCUUACUUAAAAAAAAAAAGACUUUUCAG